CCAAGUCUCUGAAAUGAGCGUACUACGCACUUGUAGCGCAGUAAAACCACCCGGCCAUUCUUCGCUUGUGUCCUCACAAUCAGUUAGUAUUCCCCUUUGCUUCAACUUCCCAAUAACUAAAAUUAUUCUCCUACAUAACAGAACAACAACAUCAACAACGCCCAACUUAAUCUCAACUCGCUUCCCGACUCACCUGGUCAAAAUGGCCGAGUCGUCGCCACCAGUCAUGAGCCCCUUCGGUUCGAGUUCUGUGGAUCCUGCUUACUGCGAGAUUAUUGUGGUGCGUCACGGCGAAACGGCGUGGAAUGUCGACGGAAGAAUUCAGGGACAUUUAGAUGUUCUAUUGAAUGAAGUUGGGAGAGAACAAGCAGUUGCAGUGGCUGAUCGGCUAGCAAAAGAGUUUAAAAUCUCUGUUGUAUAUUCUUCUGACUUGAAGCGAGCUCUUGAGACUGCACAGGCUAUUGCAAAAGCUUGUGGCGGGUUGGAGGUCAUUGAAGAUCAAGACCUAAGGGAGAGACAUCUAGGAGAUCUUCAAGGCCUUGUUUAUCGUGAAGCAGCCAAAAUUUGUCCUGAUGCACAUAAAGCGCUUGCAUCUCACAAGCCAGAUCUGGAGAUCCCUGGUGGUGGAGAAAGUCUUGAUCAACUUUACAAACGCUGCACAACUGUAUUGCAAAGAAUUGGUAGGAAACAUAAAGGACAGCGAGUAGUUGUGGUCAGUCAUGGGGGUGUGAUCAGAGCACUCUACAAGCGGGCUUGCCCAGAUAACAAGUCUGGAGGGAAAGUACUGAAUACAUCUGUCAGCAUAUUUCAAUUGUCUGAUGCCAAGAGAUGGAUCCUAAAAACCUGGGGUGAUGUUAGCCAUCUCGGCCAAACAGGGGUCCUGGAGACUGGUUUCGGUGGGGACAGAACGUCUGGUUAGUUGUUAGGUGAUCUAUCUAGCUUUCUCUAGUCAAUUAUUUCAGCUAUUGACACGCAGUAAUUGUAAUGGUGGGAGGAACCUAAUUUCCCAGUUUUAGAAGUUGUGAUUGUCAUCUCGUUCAA